UCAGUUCAGUCGCUCCGUCUGUAGAAUCAAGCGAGCAAGCGACAGUUCGUCUUCUCCGUCGUCACCCCGGUGGACUUAUUUCACUCUCACGGCAAUUUUGCCCCUGUUUUAUUGCACCUUUUUGGGGGGAGGGGGCCCGGGGGGGCGGUGGUUUUCUGGCGAGGAGCCCGAAGUGGCCGAGCGAGUGUUGAAUCCCCCCCCCGACGCCGAGGAGUUUGUGUCGGGCACCGGGAGAAAGCAGCAGCGUGAGGCGGCGCCCACGAAAAAGUAAGCUAACCUUCCGGGAAAGGUAACUGCCGCGAAACGUCAGCUACAAUCCUUUUUUUUACGCACUUUUUUGGUUCCGAACAAAUGGCCGGCGAAGCGACGACGAGAAAGUAGGAGCAGCUGGAGCGUUGGGAACAAAAAAAAAAAAAGAAGAAAAAAAAGUCGAACGUACUUGCUAUUUAUUAUAAGGUUCAAGCUCACUCAGCAUCGCGCCCCCCACCCCCCACCCCACCACACCCCUGCUCUUGUCCCCCACCCACCCCCCGUUGGCUGCUCUGGUCCCACAGGGCGGAGCUAAGUAUGGGGUAAGCGAGCCAACAGGCGACAUUGCAACGGGACUAGGGCUCGCUCAGCAGCACAGGUGCGCAACGGCGUCAUGGCGCUGCUGCGGUUGAGGCUGAAGGUUCUGGUGACUGUGAUGAUGGUCAACAUCUUCAUCUUCAUCCUGGUCUCCCGACACGGCGGGCGGGACAAGGGCUUCCAGUACAAGGUGCGGGUCCCCUCCAAGCCCUUCUGGAGCAAGCUCACUCCCAGCUCAGGCUACUGGAACCGCCAGCAGCAGGUUCUGGAUUUCCGGAACAACCCCAUCCUCACCAAUCACAGCGCCGCUGACUUGCCCGAAUGGCUCAACGAAACCCACGUGUCUUUUGACGCCUGCCAGCCGGACGGCAGGGUGACUACUCGGGUGAAAGACUACAACUCCCUACCCUUGCGCUUCAAGGACUUCCUACUCUACAUGCACUGCCGCUAUUACGCGGUCCUGGUAGACCAGCCGGACAUCUGCCGGGAGCCGCCCUUCCUGCUGCUAGCCGUCAAGUCCCUGGCGCCGCAUUUCGACCGGCGUCAGGCCAUCCGCCAGUCGUGGGGCCAGGCGGGCGCGGUCGCCAACCGGACCGUGGUCACCGUCUUUCUCCUGGGCCAGACCACGGCAGGGGACCACUACCCGGACCUGUCGGCGAUGCUGAGCUACGAGAGCGACCAGCACCGGGACAUCAUCCAGUGGGACUACCGGGACUCCUUCUUCAACCUGACCAUUAAAGAGGUUCUUUUCCUGGACUGGAUCCAGUCACGUUGCCCCGGAGCCAACUUCAUCUUCAAGGGCGACGACGACGUCUUCGUCAACACCUACGCCAUCCUGACCUUCCUGGGCGGGCUGUCGCCGUCCAAAGCCGCCGACCUUUUCGUAGGCGAUGUCAUCACCAAUGCGGGGCCGCACCGGGACAAGAAGGUGAAGUACUUCAUCCCGGAGAGCAUGUACAUCGGCUCAUAUCCGCCGUAUGCCGGCGGCGGAGGCUACCUGUACUCGGCCAGCGUCGCCGCCCGCCUGCACGACGGCUCCCGCCGCGUCGUGCUCUACCCCAUCGAUGACGUCUACACAGGCAUGUGCCUGAUGAAGAUGGGGCUGGCCCCCGAGAAGCACAAGGGCUUCAGGACCUUCAAUAUCGAGGAGAAGUACCGCACCAACCCGUGCGCCUACAAGGGCCUGAUGCUGGUCCACCCCCGCACGCCGCAGGAGAUGAUCCAGAUCUGGUCCUGGCUCAACCAGCCAGACCUCAACUGCCAGUAGAGGGCGCCCACCCGCACGAAGGGUCAGACCAUUAUUUUGAGCAGGGGGGCGGGUUCUGACUUUUAGAAGUUGGCAGCUUGUCAUUGUGCUUGCUCGGACCUUCAGCCUGGAAAGGUUUGCCCCAUUUGUGAGCACCAGAGUAUUUUUGGCAGCCAUUUUACAGUAAGGGUAUUCCUACAAAUGGUACAUUCUGAAUCAUUAAUGCAGGAUUACAGCAUUACCCGUACCCCCUGACCGUUAUCACAACCCUAACCCUAAGAACAAGGUUCAGGCUGUGUGUUUCCCACACCUCAAGUACGUAUAUAAAUCUUCUCACAUGACUUCUAUCAAUGUAUUCCUCAGUCCUAAAUCAUUAAGAGUUAAAAUCCCAUUUGAAGGUCCCCUUAUCGUGAAGCGGCGCCGUUCUUUUUUUUUUUUUUUUUUUUUAAAAACUUGAUUUUCUCGCUUUGCUGUACAGAGCUUGAACCAAAGGUGUGUCAUAUUUAUACCGCUGUAACUAUUUAUAGCGCUUUAACACUGUCUCUGCUCACCACUGGGGUGGGGCAUCAAAAAUGCUGUAUUAUAUCGGAAUAUACCUGAAAAAUGUAAGCGAGGGAACGUAGUCCGCUUGGACCCUGAGCACUGUUGUCGUCGGUGUCCCCGUUCACACAGGGUUUCCGCGUAAAUUGGUGAAUCGGAGACGGAAUUAUUUUAUCGACCUGUGCCUUUCGACACAACCGUGUGCAUGAUCUCACACUGCAAACGGUGAAUUAUAUUAGAGAAAUGCGUUUGGUGUUGAAUUAGACGCGACAACCGCUGUUCCCUUUCACAAAGCCGCUGUCCUGCCUGUGACACUACCUCGGAAAAUGGAAAAUGGUUGACUCGACAACCCCAUCCUGUAUUCUUUCAGAUUUUUCUUUAUUAUUAUUAUUCUUUCUUAUCCCAUUUCAGCAAAAUUGCCAUUUCAGAGACGAACUUGUUUUAGUGUCCUGUGCCUUUCACAUAGAGAUGCAGAAUCCCGCAAAUUUGUUAUCAAUGUCUGGUGUUGAACUCGACACCCGGGUCACGGCUUUUCCGUGAUUCUUUUUCUCACAGCCGCCGUCCCGUUCCUGAUACUACCUCGGAAGCUGGAAAAUUUGCGGUAUUCUUAUUCCUCAUCUUUUCACAAAGGUCUCGAAAAGUUUCAAAUAAAUUGUUCGCCGAAUAGCAAAAUGCCAAUGUGCGUGCUGUAAAUUCAUUUACUUGUUUUCCAGAAACGUUCAAACACGACUUCGGCAACUAUGCUAUUAGGCUAACGGAAUGUAUGACACUUCUGCACACGAGUAGGACAACUUUGGCCUACUCGUAGGAGAACUGCAUGUUACUAGUGAGGAAAAGCUGCACUAGUUGACAGGCGCGCUAAUCGUACUACUUGUGAAAUGCUAGAUAACUAUUAGAAUUUUUAUAGUGUCACUAGGACUACUAGUAAGGAUGGCUUUUGAGCAUUUAUUUGAUAUCCUUGAUAUCCAUCUUAAGGUCCGAGUCUUUGUCUGCUCUUUGUUGUCACGACUAAGGCAAUUCAGCCCACUCGUAAAAUGAUAAGGGUGCACUAGUAGUACCACUGUCUUACUCGUAAAGUUUUUUCUGUUUGACAUUUCUGCACACUAUUUGGACAACUUUGGCAUACUAGUAGAAUGUCAUUAGUGCAGCGCAGUAGUUCACCGGUAAGGUUUAAUUGCAUACUUGUAGGCCAAAAGUGGCACUAGUAGUGUGGGGGGGGGGGGG